CUGCGGUCGCUCUCCCACCCUGCCCUCGCGAGCCAGCAUGGGGCUGCCACUAGCCCGCCUGGCGGUGGUCAGCCUGGCCCUGUCCUUGGCCAGCAAAGGGCAGGCCUGGCAAGAAAGCGGGGCUGAGAACGACGGCCACAGUGUCUGCAGUACAUGGGGCAACUUCCACUACAAGACCUUCGACGGCGCCGUCUUCCGCUUCCCCGGCCUCUGUGACUACAACUUUGCCUCCGACUGCCGAGACUCGUACCAGGAGUUCGCUGUGCACCUGCAGAGGGGCCCGGGCCCUGACGGAGGGGCCUCUCAGAUCACGUCCAUCGUGCUCAUCAUCAAGGAUGAUGUCAUCUACUUGACCAACCAGCUGACCGUGGUGAACGGGGCCAUGGUCAGCACCCCCCACUACAGCUCGGGUCUGCUCAUUGAGAAGAAUGAGGUGUACACCAAGAUCUACUCCCGUGCCGGCCUCUCCCUCAUGUGGAACCGGGAGGACUCGCUCAUGCUGUCGCUGGACAGCAAGUACCAGAACCACACUUGUGGCCUGUGCGGGGACUACGAUGGCCAGCAGGGCUCCGAGUUCGUCUCCGAAGACUUGACCCUGAGCCCCGUGGAGUUCGGCAACAAGCAGAAGAUCAACAACCCGCAGGUGGAGUGUGAGGACCCGGAGGACGCAGCCGACCCCAAGUCCUGCUCUGUGCACCGCGCAGAGUGCAAGAAGCUGCUCACCGCCACCGCCUUCGAGGACUGCCAGGCCCGCGUGCCGCUGGAACCCUACCUGCAGGCCUGCGUGCAGGACCUCUGCCGCUGCGGGGCCAACGCGUCCUGCCCCUGCAGCACCGUGUCCGAGUUCUCACGCCAGUGCUCGCACGCCGGAGGCCGGCCGGGCACCUGGAGGACCGCCUCGUUCUGCCCCAAGACUUGCCCGGGGAACAUGGUGUACCUGGAGAGCGGCUCGCCCUGCGUGGACACCUGCUCCCACCUGGAAAUCAGCAACUUAUGUGAAGAGCACCCCAUGGACGGCUGCUUCUGCCCGGAAGGCACCGUAUAUGAUGACAUUGGGGGCAAAGGCUGCAUCCCCCUGAGCCAGUGCCACUGCAAGCUGCACGGACACCUGUAUGCGCCGGGCCAGGAGGUCACCAACCAGUGUGAACAAUGUGUCUGCCAUGCUGGCCGCUGGGAGUGCCAGGACCUGCCAUGCCCGGGUACCUGCACCCUGGAGGGCGGCUCCCACAUCACCACCUUCGACGGGAAGCGGUUCACCUUCCACGGAGACUGCUACUACGUGCUGAGCAAGGGUGCCCAGAACGACUCCCACGCACUGCUGGGUGAGCUGGCCCCCUGCGGCUCCACCGAGAAGCAAACCUGCCUGAAGACGGUGGUGCUGGUGACAGACAAGAAGAAGGAUGUCAUGACCUUCAAGUCCGACGGCAGGGUUCUGCUCAAUGAACUGGAGGUGCACCUGCCCCAUGUGACAGGCAGCUUCUCCGUCUUCCAGCCGUCCUCCCACCACAUCAUUGUGCACACGGCCUUCGGCCUGCGCCUGCAGAUCCAGCUGCUGCCUGUCAUGCAGCUCUUCGCCACGCUGGACCAGGACUCUCAGGGUCAGGUGCAAGGCCUCUGCGGCAACUUCAACGGCCAGGAGAGUGACGACUUCCAGACAGCCAGCGGGCUGGUGGAGGCCACGGGGGCCGGCUUCGCCAACACCUGGAAGGCCCAGUCCAGCUGCCAAGACAAGCUGGACUGGCUGGACGACCCCUGCUCCCUCAGCAUUGAGAGUGCCAACUAUGCCGAGCACUGGUGUUCCCUGCUCAAGAAGACCGAGACGCCCUUUGGCAAGUGCCACCCGGCAGUGGACCCCACGGAGUACUACAAGAGGUGCAAGUACGACACCUGCAACUGUGACAAGAACGAGGACUGCCUGUGUGCCGCGCUGUCGUCCUACGCGCACGCCUGCGCCGCCAAGGGCGUCAUGCUGUGGGGCUGGCGGGAGCAAGUCUGCAACAAGGAGGUGGGGUCCUGCCCCAGCUCCCAGGUCUUCCUGUACAACCUGACCACGUGCCAGCCAACCUGCCGCUCGCUCUCUGAGGGCAGCAGCCACUGCCUGGAAGGCUUCGCACCUGUGGACGGCUGCGGCUGUCCCGACCACACCUUCCUGGACGAGAAGGGCCGCUGUGUGCCCCUGGCCAAGUGCUCCUGCUAUCACAGUGGUCUCUACCUGGAGGCGGGCGACGUGGUGCUGCGGCAGGAGGAGCGCUGCGUUUGCCGGAACGGGAGGCUGCAGUGCACACAGGUCAAGCUGCUUGCCCAGAGCUGUGCUGCCCCGAAGGUCCUGGUGGACUGUAACAACCUGACGGCUCUGACCACGCUGAGGCCGCGCCCUCGCAGCUGCAAGACGCUGGUGGCCAGCUAUUACCACACGGAGUGUGUGAGCGGUUGCAUGUGCCCCGACGGGUUGAUUGAUGAUGGUCGCGGCGGCUGCGUAGCGGAGGACGACUGUCCCUGCUUGUACCACACCUCGCUGUACUCGCCUGGAGACAAGAUCAAAGUGGACUGUAACACCUGCACCUGCCGCGGAGGACAGUGGCAGUGCACCAAGCUGCAGUGCCACGGCUCCUGCUCCAUCCACGGGAGUGGCCAUUACAUGACCUUUGAUGGGAAGUACUACGACUUUGAUGGACACUGCUCCUACGUGGCUGCUCAGGACUACUGUGGCCAGAACUCCUCUGCUGGCUCCUUCCGCAUCAUCACGGAGAACGUGCCCUGCGGCACCACAGGGGUCACCUGCUCCAAGGCCAUCAAGAUCUUUCUGGGGGGCACAGAGCUGAAGCUGGAGGAGAAGCGGCGCUGGGUGGUGCAGCUGGACGCCGCCCGGCGUGCGGCCUUCACCACGCGGGAGGUUGGCCAGUACCUGGUGGUGGAGGCCAGCAUUGGCGUUAUCGUCAUCUGGGACAAGAAGACCACCAUAUUCAUCAAGCUGGCUCCCUCCUACAAGGGCACCGUGUGCGGCCUCUGCGGGAACUUCGACGACCGCUCCACCAACGACUUCACCACGAGGGACCACAUGCUGGUGAGCGGCGAGCUGGACUUCGGCAACAGCUGGAAGGAGUCCUCCACCUGCCCCGACGUGAGCAGCACCCCCGAGCCCUGCAGCCUGAACCCGCACCGCCAUUCGUGGGCCCAGAAGCAAUGCAGCAUCCUCAAGAGCUCCGUGUUCAGCCCAUGCCACGGCAAGGUGGACCCCACCGUCUUCUAUGAGGCCUGCGUGCUUGACUCCUGUUCCUGCGACACGGGUGGCGACUGCGAGUGUUUCUGCUCAGCUGUGGCCGCCUACGCCCAGGAAUGCACCAAGGCUGGCGCCUGCGUGUACUGGAGGACACCGGAUCUGUGCCCCAUCUUCUGUGACUACUACAACCCGCCCAAUGAGUGUGAGUGGCAUUACGAGCCCUGUGGGAAUCGCAGCUUUGAGACCUGCAGGACCAUCAAUGGCAUCCACUCCAACAUCUCCGUGUCCUACCUGGAGGGGUGCUACCCCCGAUGCCCUAAGCACAAGCCCAUCUAUGACGAGGACCUGAAGAAGUGUGUCACCGCCAGCCGCUGUGGGUGCUACAUUGAGGACAACCACUACGUUCCGGGAGAACACGUGCCCACGGAGGACAUCUGCAAGUCCUGCAUUUGCACGGAGCAUUCAAAGGUCCACUGCCAUUGGGAGGAAGGGAAGGUUGUCAACCGGACACAGGACCGCGGGUUCUGCUUCUGGGACAUCUGUGGCCCCAAUGGGACAGUGUAUCAGCACUUCAAUGUCUGCGAAUCCACCCCGCCGCCGACCACCCACACCAGCACCCCUGCCACGCCCAGCACCCUCCUCACCAGCACCACCACCAGCACCACCACCAGCACCAGCAGCUCAGGUCCGUGUUGCUGGUGGUCUGACUGGAUCAAUGAGGACCACCCGACCAGCGGCCCUGACGGUGGUGACCAUGAGACGUUCAACGGCGUGUGCAAGCAGCCCGUCGACAUCCAGUGUAGGUCGGCCACGGAACCACACCUCAGCUGGGAAAAGCUGGGCCAAAAUGCGGUGUGCAGUGUCUCCCAGGGCUUCAGCUGCCUGAACGCCGACCAGUAUGGCAAAGGAGUGUUUGAGCUCUGCUACGACUACGAGAUACGUGUCAACUGCUGUGUGCCCAGAGAAGAGUGUCCGACCUCCACAACACUGCCACCAACAACUACGUCCUCCACGCACUCCACUUCAACACCCACCCCCUCCACCACCCCCUCCACUUCAACACCAACCCCCUCCACCACCCCCUCCACUUCAACACCAACACCCUCCACCACCCCCUCCACUUCAACACCAACACCCUCCACCACCCCCUCCACUUCAACACCAACCCCCUCCACCCCCUCCACCACCCCCUCCACUUCAACACCAACCCCCUCCACCACUCCCUCCACUUCAACACCAACACCCUCCACCACCCCCUCCACUUCAACACCAACCCCCUCCACCGCCCCCUCCACUUCAACACCAACCCCCUCCACCCUCUCCACCACCCCCUCCACUUCAACACCAACACCCUCCACCACCCCCUCCACUUCAACACCCACCCCCUCCACCACCCCCUCUACUUCAACACCAACCCCCUCCACCCCCUCCACUUCAACACCCUCCCCCUCCACCACCCCCUCUACUUCAACAACAAAACCCUCCACCCCCUCCACCACCCCCUCUACUUCAACACUCACUACCUCCACCCUGCCUAUCACUACCCCUUCCACACCGCCCACCACCACCCCCUCUACUUCAACACCAACCCCCUCCACGCUCUCUACCACCCCCUCCACCCCCUCCACCACCCCCUCUACUUCAACACCAACACCCUCCACCCACUCCACCACCCCCUCUUCUUCAACACCCACCACUUCCACCCCACCUACCACUACCCCCUCCACCCCCUCCACCACCCCGUCCCCUCCAUGAGAGACCUCCACUGCAACGCUGAUCACAACAGCCACCAUCUCCACAACAACAACCACAACUGAGACCCUAACCCCAACACCCACCACAACCACAACUGAGACCCCAACCACAACACCCACUAUAACACCCACCACCACCACACCAACCACAACUGAGACCCCAACACCAACACCCACUAGACCCACUACCACCACCACACCCACCACUACGGAAAGCCCAACCACAACAUCCAUUACACCCACUACACCAAAGAAAACCAAAACGACGAUAUCCACCACUGCCACUACAGUGACCUCAACAGGAACUCGCACCACCACUACUGUGACAGAAACCACAACCAAAACCACAACACCCACCACCGCCACCCCAGAAACCUCCACACCAACACACACCACCGCUCAAUUACUGCGACCACUGAAACCUCACACGACAACUCCCACAACUCCCACCACUACCACACCCACCACCACCACCACUGAGAUCUCCACCACAACACCCACAACACCCAUCAGCACAACCACUACUCCUGAGAUAUCCACCAUAACACCUACUAUAACUUCCACUACAUGUGUUCCAAAGAAAUGCUCCACGACACCAUCAACAUCCUCAACAACAGAAAGCACCACAGAGACUUCCUCUCCAACUACAGCAGCCACUUCAACACCCACCCCCAUCGGAGAGACCCCAACCCCAACACCUACCACCACUGAGACCUCAACCCCAACCCCAACCUCAACACACAGCACAGUCACAAUUGAGACCUCCAACCCCACAUCCACCACUACACCCAUCACCUCCACACCCACCACCAUCACAAGUGAGUCCCCAACACCAACACCCACCACCACCACAGCGAUCUCCAGCACAACACCCACCACCUCCACACCCACUAACACACCCACCUCCAGCGCAACCACAACUCCCACCACAACACCCUCUACCACCUCCAGCUCAACCACAACAUCCAUAACACACAUCACCACCACCACCACCACUGAGACUCCACCCCAACUCCCCACCACCAUUACUGAGAUCUCCACCACAACUCCGACCACCUCCACACCUACUACCACACCCACUCCAACCCCAACCACAACUCCCACCACAACACCCACUACCACCUCCAGCACCCCAACUACCACACCCACCACCACCACUGAGAUCUCCACCACAACACCCACCACCUCCACACCCACUAUCACACCCACUCCAACCCCAACCACAACUCCCACCACCACACCCAAUACCACCUCCAGCGCAACCUCAUCACCCACCACCUCCACACCCACCACCACCAGCACUGAGACCCCCAACCACCCUCCAACCCCCACAUCCACCACUACACCCAUCACCUCCACACCCACCACCAUCACAAGUGAGUCCCCAACACCAACACCCACCACCACCACAGCGAUCUCCAGCACAACACCCACCACCUCCACACCCACUAACACACCCACCUCCAGCGCAACCACAACUCCCACCACAACACCCUCUACCACCUCCAGCUCAACCACAACUACCACACCCACCUCCAGCGCAACCACAACUCCCACCACAACACCCUCUACCACCUCCAGCUCAACCACAACAUCCAUAACACACAUCACCACCACCACCACCACUGAGACUCCAACCCCAACUCCCACCACCAUUACUGAGAUCUCCACCACAACUCCGACCACCUCCACACCUACUACCACACCCACUCCAACCCCAACCACAACUCCCACCACAACACCCACUACCACCUCCAGCGCAACAACAACGCCCAUAACACACACGGCCAUAUCCACCACCACCACCACCACUCAGACCCCAACUACCACACCCACCACCACCACUGAGAUCUCCACCACAACACCCACCACCUCCACACCCACUAUCACACCCACUCCAACCCCAACCACAACUCCCACCACCACACCCAAUACCACCUCCAGCGCAACCUCAUCACCCACCACCUCCACACCCACCACCAUCAGCACUGAGACCCCAACCACCAUAACAUCUACUAUAACUUCCACUACAUAGACUUCCUCUCCAACUACAGCAGCCACUUCAACACCCACCCCCAUCAGAGAGACCCCAACCCCAACACCUACCACCACUGAGACCUCAACCCCAACCCCAACCUCAACACACAGCACAGUCACAAUUGAGACCUCCAACCCCACAUCCACCACUACACCCAUCACCUCCACACCCACCACCAUCACAAGUGAGUCCCCAACACCAACACCCACCACCACCACAGCGAUCUCCAGCACAACACCCACCACCUCCACACCCACUAACACACCCACCUCCAGCGCAACCACAACUCCCACCACAACACCCUCUACCACCUCCAGCUCAACCACAACAUCCAUAACACACAUCACCACCACCACCACCACUGAGACUCCAACCCCAACUCCCACCACCAUUACUGAGAUCUCCACCACAACUCCGACCACCUCCACACCUACUACCACACCCACUCCAACCCCAACCACAACUCCCACCACAACACCCACUACCACCUCCAGCGCAACAACAACGCCCAUAACACACACGGCCAUAUCCACCACCACCACCACCACUCAGACCCCAACUACCACACCCACCACCACCACUGAGAUCUCCACCACAACACCCACCACCUCCACACCCACUAUCACACCCACUCCAACCCCAACCACAACUCCCACCACCACACCCAAUACCACCUCCAGCGCAACCUCAUCACCCACCACCUCCACACCCACCACCACCAGCACUGAGACCCCAACCACCAUAACAUCUACUAUAACUUCCACUACAUAGACUUCCUCUCCAACUACAGCAGCCACUUCAACACCCACCCCCAUCGGAGAGACCCCAACCCCAACACCUACCACCACUGAGACCUCAACCCCAACCCCAACCUCAACACACAGCACAGUCACAAUUGAGACCUCCAACCCCACAUCCACCACUACACCCAUCACCUCCACACCCACCACCAUCACAAGUGAGUCCCCAACACCAACACCCACCACCACCACAGCGAUCUCCAGCACAACACCCACCACCUCCACACCCACUAACACACCCACCUCCAGCGCAACCACAACUCCCACCACAACACCCUCUACCACCUCCAGCUCAACCACAACAUCCAUAACACACAUCACCACCACCACCACCACUGAGACUCCAACCCCAACUCCCACCACCACCACUGAGAUCUCCACCACAACUCCGACCACCUCCACACCUACUACCACACCCACCUCCAGCGCAACCACAACUCCCACCACAACACCCUCUACCACCUCCAGCUCAACCACAACAUCCAUAACACACAUCACCACCACCACCACCACUGAGACUCCAACCCCAACUCCCACCACCACCACUGAGAUCUCCACCACAACUCCGACCACCUCCACACCUACUACCACACCCACCUCCAGCGCAACCACAACUCCCACCACAACACCCUCUACCACCUCCAGCUCAACCACAACAUCCAUAACACACAUCACCACCACCACCACCACUGAGACUCCAACCCCAACUCCCACCACCAUUACUGAGAUCUCCACCACAACUCCGACCACCUCCACACCUACUACCACACCCACUCCAACCCCAACCACAACUCCCACCACAACACCCACUACCACCUCCAGCGCAACAACAACGCCCAUAACACACACGGCCAUAUCCACCACCACCACCACCACUCAGACCCCAACUACCACACCCACCACCACCACUGAGAUCUCCACCACAACACCCACCACCUCCACACCCACUAUCACACCCACUCCAACCCCAACCACAACUCCCACCACCACACCCAAUACCACCUCCAGCGCAACCUCAUCACCCACCACCUCCACACCCACCACCAUCAGCACUGAGACCCCAACCACCAUAACAUCUACUAUAACUUCCACUACAUGUUUUCCAAAGAAAGUAUGUGAAUGGACUGGCUGGCACGAUUCUGGCAAACCUGACUUUACCAAAGAAGGUGGAGAUAAUGAAACUGUGGAAGGACUUUGUGCACCACACUUUACUGCAACAAACAUCUCCUGCAGAGCUGCCAUGUUUCCCAGCCUGCCACUGGACCAGCUUGGACAGACUGUGGUGUGCAACCUCCAUGAUGGACUGGUGUGCAGGAAUAAGGAUCAAGUGUCUGGAGGACGGCCCUUCCCAAUGCCCUACUGCCUAAACUAUGAGAUCAACGUGCUGUGCUGUUAUCAGACAGAGUGCUCCACGACACCAUCGACAUCCUCAACAACAGAAAGCACCACAGAGACUUCCUCUCCAACUACAGCAGCCACUUCAACACCCACCCCCAUCAGAGAGACCCCAACCCCAACACCUACCACCACUGAGACCUCAACCCCAACCCCAACCUCAACACACAGCACAGUCACAAUUGAGACCUCCAACCCCACAUCCACCACUACACCCAUCACCUCCACACCCACCACCAUCACAAGUGAGUCCCCAACACCAACACCCACCACCACCACAGCGAUCUCCAGCACAACACCCACCACCUCCACACCCACUAACACACCCACCUCCAGCGCAACCACAACUCCCACCACAACACCCUCUACCACCUCCAGCUCAACCACAACAUCCAUAACACACAUCACCACCACCACCACCACUGAGACUCCAACCCCAACUCCCACCACCAUUACUGAGAUCUCCACCACAACUCCGACCACCUCCACACCUACUACCACACCCACCACCACCAUUGAAACCUCAACCUCGACACCAACACCAACCACCACCACCGAGACCUCCAACCCAACAUCUACCACAACACCCACCACCUCCACACCCACCACCACCAUCACGGAGACCUCCACCACAACACCCAAUACCACACCAACACACACUGUCACCUCCAGCGCAACCACAGCAUCCACUACCUCCACAGCCACCACUUUCACUGAGACCCCAACCCCAACACCCCCCACCACCACCGAGAUCUCCAGCACAACACCCACAACCUCCACACCCACUACCACACCUACUCCGACUCCAACCACAACUCCCACAACCACACCCACUACCACCUCCAGCACAAGAACAACACCCAUAACACCCACCACUACACCCACCACCACCAUCACGGAGUCCCCAACCACCACACCCACCACCACCAGCACUGAGACCCCAAUUACCACACCCACCAUCACCACCGAGAUCUCCACCACAACUUCCACAACCACACCCACUACCACCUCCAGCACAACAACAACGCCCAUAACACACACCACCACACCCACCACCACCAUCACGGAGUCCCCAACCACCACACCCACCACCACCACCACUGAGACCCCAAUCACCACACCCACCAUCACCACCGAGAUCUCCACCACAACUCCCACAACCACACCCACUACCACCUCCAGCGCAACAACAACACCCAUAACACAUACCACCACACCCACCACCACCAUCACGGAGUCCCCAACAACCACACCCACCACCACCACCACUGAGACCCCAAUUACCACACCCACCACCACCACCACUGAGACCCCAACAACCACACCCACCACCACCACUGAGAUCUCCACCACAACACCCACCACCUCCACACCCACUAUCACACCCACUCAAACCCCAACCUCAACUGAGACACUAACCACAACACCCAAUACCACCUCCAGUGCAACCACAUCACCCACCACUACCACACCCACCACCUCCACACCCACCACCACCACCACUGAGACCCCAACCACCAUAACACCUACUAUAACUUCCACUACCACAACCACUGAGACCCCAACCUCAACACCCACCACCACCAUCACUGAGACCCCAACCCCAACACCCAAUACCACACCCACACCCACCACCACCUCCAGCCAAACCACAACACCCAUAACACACACCACCACCACACCCACAACCACCACUACUGAGAUCUCUUCAACACCCACCAUCACCACCACCACCACCACCACUGAGACCCCAACCACAACACCCACCAUCACACCCACUACCACCUCUAGCGCAACCACAACACCCAAAGCACACAUCAGUACACCCACCACCACCACCACCACUGAGACCCCAACCACAACACCCACCACCACCACACUCACCAUAUCCACUGAGACCCCAACCAUAACACCCACCACCACACCCACUACCACCUCUAGCGCAACCACGACGCCCAUAACACACACCACCACACCUACCACCACCACCACCACUGUGACACCAACCACAACACCCACCACAACACCUACCACCUCCACACCCACUACCACUAUUAUCACAGAGACUCCAGCCACAGCACCCACCACCACCACUACUGAGACCUCUACCGCAACGCCCACCACCACCACAGUUGGGACCGGAUCUGUUGUCUCCACUACCCCAACCCCUCCAGGCAGUCCCACCACCUCCAAGAUCACCAGCAGGACUUCCCCGACACCAGUUCAGUCCACCACGGUCACCCCCAUUUCCUCUCCCACCGUGGUCAUCAGCACGGGCACGGGCAGCACCAGUGGGGUCAGCUCCUCCACCCAGGUCGCCUGCUGCAUCGUGAACGACACCGCCAGCAACAACGUCACCUACUACUCCCCAGGUGAAGAGGUGUACAACGGCAAGAAAGGCGACCACUGCUACUACGCCAACUGCUCGGUCGAUUGCACCAUCCAGUACUUCAAUUGGUCCUGCCCAUCCUCCCCCUCUCCCACUACCUCCCCGACGCCCACGACCACCAGCACCAGCACCCCCACUUCCACCACCCCCACUCCCACCCCCACCUCCACUUCCACGACAGGCACUACCAUUCCCACCCCGGCUCCCACCACCACCCCCACUUCUACCACCUCCUCUCCCACCACCACCCCCAUUCCCCAAACCCCCACGUCCAUCAUCAUUUCCUCUCCCACCACGACCACGUCCUCUCCCACCACCACCUCCACCACCAGCACCUCCAAGCCGACAACCACCAAGAAGCCAGGGUGCCCUGAUUUUAACCCUCCCAGGGAGGAGAACGAGUCCUGGUGGCUGUGCAACUGCACCAAGGCCGUGUGCCGGGACGACAACACGGUGGAGAUAGUGGAGGUCAAGUGCGAGCCCCCACCCCAACCCACCUGCUCCAACGGCCUCAAGCCCGUGCGCGUCUUGGACGAGGAUGGCUGCUGCUGGCACUGGGAGUGUGACUGCUUCUGCACGGGCUGGGGAGACCCGCACUACGUCACCUUCGACGGGCUGUACUACAGUUACCAGGGUAACUGCUCCUACGUGCUGGUGGAGGAGAUCGUGCCUACGGUGGACAACUUCGGGGUCUACAUCGACAACUACCACUGCGACGAAAGAGACAAGGUGUCCUGUCCCCGCACACUCGUGGUGCGCCACGAGACACAGGAGGUGCAGAUCCGAACUGUAAACAUGAUGCCCAUCGAGGUGCAGGUGCAGGUCAACAGGCAGAUGGUGGCGCUACCCUACAAGAAGUUCGGGCUGCAGGUGUAUGAGUCGGGCAUCAACAUCAUGGUGGAGGUGCCCGAGCUGGGCGUCGUUGUCUCCUACAACGGCCUCACCUUCUCCGUCCAGCUGCCCUACCGUCUGUUUGGCAACAACACCAAGGGACAGUGUGGCACCUGCACCAACAACACAGCGGAUGACUGCAUGCUGCCCAGCGGCGAAGUCAUCUCCAACUGCGAGGUGGCAGCUGACGAGUGGGUGGUGGAGGACCCCUCCAAGCCACAGUGCACUCCAGGUGGCUUCACCACCCAGAGCCCCGCUGUGACCACGCAGGCGAGCAGGACGCCACCCAAGAACUGCACUGGGUCCCCUGUGUGCCAGCUCAUCCAGGACAGCCUGUUCGCCGGGUGCCACGCCUUGGUGCCGCCCAAGCACUACUACGAGGCCUGUGUGUAUGACACCUGCUUUGUGCCGGAUGCCAGCCUGGAGUGUGCCAGCCUGCAGACCUACGCUGCCCUGUGUGCACAGGAGGGCUUCUGCGUGGACUGGCGGCACCAUGCCGGCGACGCCUGCCCGGUGACCUGCCCGUCUCACAGGGAGUACCAGGCCUGUGGACCCCCGGAGGAGCCCACCUGCCAGUCUGGCACCCCGCAGAACUCCACGCGUCUGGUGGAAGGCUGCUUCUGUCCUGAGGGCACCAUCAACUUUGCACCUGGCUAUGAUGUGUGUGUGAAGACCUGCGGCUGCGUGGGACCCGACAACGUGCCCAGAGAGUUUGGGGAGCGCUUUGAAUUUGCCUGCAAUGACUGUGUGUGCCUGGAGGGUGGCAGCGGCAUUGUCUGCCGGGCCAAGGAGUGCAGCCAGGAUGGCCCCACGGCCUGCACGGAGGAGGGCACCUACCUGGUUACUGAGGUCAACCCGGCCGACACCUGCUGUACCCUCACCUCCUGCAAGUGCAAUGCCAGCCUGUGUGGCCAGGAGCUACCCACCUGCUCCCUGGGCUUUGAGCCCAAGAGCCGCGUUGUAAGCGGACGGUGCUGCCCUGUGUACGAAUGUGUUCCUAAGGGUGUGUGUGUCCACGAGAAAGCUGAGUACCAGCCCGGCUCCCCAGUGUACUCAUCCAAGUGCCAGAACUGCGUGUGCACCGGCAGCCAGGACAGCAGUGGCCUCAAUGUCAUCUCCUGCUCCCCCGUGCCCUGCAAUGUCUCCUGCAGCCCUGGGUUCGAGCCCGUGGACGUCCCUGGAGAAUGCUGCCAGAAGUGCGAACAGACCCACUGUAUCAUACAAGUGCCGGGCAGCCCGUACCUGGUCCUCAAGCCCGGGGAGGUACAUCAGGACCCCGAGAACAAAUGCACCUUCUUCAGCUGCGUGAAGAUCCGCGGCCAGCUCAUCUCGUCGCUGUCCAACGUCACCUGCCCCGAGUUCGACCCCAGCAGCUGCGCCCCCGGUUCCAUCUCACUCAUGGACAACGGCUGCUGCCAGCAAUGCACCCCUCUCAACCAAACCAAGGCGCCCUGCUCCACCGUGCCAGUUGUCUUGGAGCUCUCCUCCUCCGGCUGCAGCAAGAAUGUGACGGUCAACGGCUGCUCCGGCUCCUGUGGGACCUUCGCCAGGUACUCCAGCAAAGCCAAGCUCGUGGAGGCCCGGUGCUCGUGCUGCCAGGAGUACAAGACCAGCCAGCGCCAGGUGCUGCUGGACUGCCCCAACGGCAAGAAGCUGACCUACACCUACACGCACGUGGACAGCUGCCUCUGCGAGGAGUCCACGUGCCAGCAGCGCAGCCGGCGCUCCGUACCUCGCCUGCUGGGUGGACAGUGAGCCGGCCGCGCCGCUGCCCGCCGCCCCCGCCUCCGCCACCUGCCGCCCGCCGCGCCCUGCACC